AUGGAAAGACAAGCGAAACCCGCACGGCGACGCAAGCGAGGCCAUUCAACAUCAUCGCCCUCGCCUUCGCCCUCACCCUCGGCAUCGCCCUCCGGUGGAUCGGUUGCUCUGGCAUGCCUGAGAUGCAGAUCGAAAAAGAAAAAGGUCGGGAUCUGUCUGGAGAACGAAAUCAUCUUCGCCCGGGGGUGUUUGCUGAUCUCUGUGCAGUGUGACGGCAAUGCACCGACUUGUCGAACGUGCAGGAAGCUCCGUGUCCCGUGUGUGUGGCCGCAGGGAGACCAACGAAAAUUCCCUUCGUCCAAAAGCCACAUCAAGGAACUCUAUGACCGUAUCGAAGCUCUCCAGAAUGCGCUUGCAGCGGCGCAAUCGCUAGUUGCUGCUUCACGGACAGAGACCUCCGACAGUCAAGCGCUGACUGCUCCAACACCCACUGACGCUGUCUCGACGAACACGAAGCCUCCUCCAGAAGCAGAAAGCAGCGGCGCCACCGAGGACAGUCUCAUUUCUCGUCUGUGCGGCCGACAGUGGAAACUCAACAGCGACAGAGGAGGACAGUACCGCUUUUUUGGACCUACAUCUAGUCUACACCUGACCGAGAGCGUGUCUUCGUCCUUGGUGGAUAAUUCCUACAGUGCGCCCUUUGGCGGUGAUGAUCCUAGGCUUCAAGAACUGGUCGACCGGGAGACCCAGGACUACCUUCUCAAUCUUUACUGGAAGUAUCAAGACAACGUCUUACGCGUCUUCCACAAAGGAGCAUUCUUGCACGACCUGGAGAGGAGGCAGACCCGAUACGUGAGCAAGGCCCUUCUCACCUGCAUCUUUGCCAGCGCCGCUCGCAUUUCCGACCGUCCGGCUAUUCGAGCUCUGGCGCUGUCCACGCACGACGACAGUAUGGACGAGAAGCAACCACCUCUCCUUGCCCUCGCUACACAAUAUCUCGAUGAAGAGUUGAUGCAUCCUCAACUCACGACCAUACAGUCACUCUUACUCCUGUCCACGAGCUACUGUGCCCUCAGUUUGGACACUAAAGGAUGGUUGAUAACAGGUAACGCGUGUAGGCUAGCGAUCGACCUAGGACUACACUUUGGCACAAACAAGUUGAGUUCCCCGUCCUUGACGGAUCUGGAUAUCGAAGCUCGCCAGAACACCUUCUGGGCGUGCAUCGUCUUUGAUCGACUCUGGUCGGUAUAUCUUGGUCGGCCUUGUUGUUUUCCAUUGAAGGACUUGGGUGUCCGCGACCCUGCAUACUCUCGAAUGGAGCGAUCGUGGGAGACGGACAUGGCUUACGCGUGGGCUACUCUUUUGGAGAUCCUGGGCCACAUUAGCGAUACAAUAAACGGGGAACGAUGUACGCUAGAAACGCUCUCGGAACUCGACGAGUGGCUUCGAUUCUGGUCCACCCAUCUCCAGCCGUCGAUUCACUAUCAUCGCGAGACGCAACAACCUGCAAUCACCGUCCUUCAAACGACGAUCCUCACGGCAGAGGCGUGGCAUCAGCUGAACUGUCUCAAGACCUGUGUCAAGACGCUGGAAGAGCUCCAAAUCUCCUACCCGGUCGCGCGCAAGGUCCGGCAGACCAUUCAGCUGAUCAUGAGGUUGUGUCGGAUAGGGACCAGCUGUCUGUUCCCUGGUCACGCAACACCGACGGAAGAUUCCUGGCAAGGUCCAAGCGGGGCCCGGCGUGGUUGGGAUGUUAACAUUAACGUCAAUUUCAACGUCAACGUCAACGUCAACGACAAUGGGUCCAUAGGAACCGCUCUAGUCGGGGCGACAGAAUCCCAAAGCGGCCCUCCCCUGAUGGCCGCCGACGACGACGAACAAGCGCAGGUCUUUUCUUCGGGCGACAAUGGCGAGUUCGCCGCAAGCUACAGCCCUUUUGCGUAUGACGAGUACCUUCCGGCGUCGGCUCAGUUUGACAUUUUGUACGGCUUCGGAGCGUCAUUGUUCUCAUAA